GCCGUACUUCGUCCCCAGAGAGCCACCAAAAAUCCUCAAACAAAACCCUAAUCUCUGCUCCCACCACACAGAUUCUCAACUUCAAUCGACUGAUUCUCUUUUCUGCAGAGCUCUGUUUUGAUACUUACAUGCAUAAACAAGUGUCGUCGUAGAUAUAUAUAUAUAUACACACACACACACGGAGCACUCGUAUAUAUAGAGUUGUAUUGAAGAUUGUUCGGUGCGCAUUUGGAGCGCCAUAAGAUGUCUAAUUCCGGAGGGGCGACAUUGUCUAAAACGUCAUCCGCUUGCUCUUCUUCUCCGCCAGCGAACGUCACCAACUUGGAUCGCUUGCUGGAAUCGGUUACUCCAUUGGUGUCAGCUCAGCACCAUACUUCUGAGGGUAAUGUGAGAGGCCGGAUGAAUCAUGAAGCAGAUUCAAGUGCAUUCUUUUGCCUAAAGGAUCUUUGGGAUUCUUUUAGUGAGUGGAGUGCGUAUGGAGUGGGUGUGCCGCUGUUGUUGGAAGGAAAAGACCAAAUUGUACAAUAUUAUGUUCCCUUUCUGUCUGGGAUACAAUUGUAUAUCGACCCGCUGAUGUCCUCUUCGUGCUUUAGAAGGGCCGGUGAGGAGAAUGCUUCUGAAGCAAGAGAAAUUAGCAAUGGUGGCAGCACUAACUGUGAAAUAGAUAGGUCUCCCAGAUCUGGUGGUGACGGGCAACUAAACGGAAACUUUUCUGGUGAAGAUGGCAAGUCCAAUGGGCAACUCUUGUUCGAGUAUAUGGAACAAGAACAACCACAUCAUCGCAGACCAUUUGCUGACAAGAUUGCAAUUCUAGCAUCUCAAUUCCCAGAGUUGAAGAAGUGCAGGAGCUGUGAUUUGAUGCCAUCAAGUUGGGUUUCAGUUGCUUGGUAUCCAAUAUAUAGAAUACCCUUAGGCCACACGCUUCGGGAUUUGGAUGCAUCCUUUUUAACUUUUCAUCCCCUGUCCACACGUUCUAGAGGUAGUUUUACACCACAGCUUCAUAGCUCAAGAGAUAGGAGAACACAGGGAAUGGUUGAACCAGCUGCUGCUGCUGCUUCAUCAAGAUUUUCUCUACCAGCCUUUGGCCUUGCUUCUUACAAACUGAAUGGAUCCCUUCUAAGUCCAUGCGGGCCGCAUGAAUCCGAGCAAGGUAACACACUCUAUCAGGCUGCGGAUACUUGGCUUCGGGAUUUGCAGGUUUUUCUUCCCGAUUACCAAUUUUUUGUCUCACAUUAUUCCCAAUGGAGAUGACAACCGCUCUGGAAAGCUUAGAAAAAAUGUCCGGGCACUGUUUUUACGUGUCCUUUUAUUUUUUAUUUUUUUGUUAACAGCAGGGAGACAGUCCCCAAACUUGUUCGCAUUGUUUGUUGGGGAAUUGCUCCGAUAGUUACGAAAAAUUUUGGAACACUGUAUUUACAUACUGCACAUACACAUUCAUACUUGUCAUAGGCUGUUGUAA